AUGGGGAGUGCACUCGUUGUCUCGCUCUGCUCCCUCAUCUGCCUCACCCUCCUGCCGCUUGUUUGCUACAAGGGCAAGCUGCCGCAGGCGCUGGUGGAUGGCCUGGCAGCAUUCGGGGCUGGAGCGAUGUUGGGAGAUGCCUUCCUGCACCAGUUACCGCACGCGUUCGGCAGUGGAGCCCACUCCCACAACCAUGACAACCACGCGCAUGACCAUGACCAUGCGCAUGGGCAUGCAUCCCAUUCACAUGACCAUGGGCAUGGGCACGGGCAUGACCAUGAGCAUGCAGUGGAGGGUGGAGGGCACGCGCAUUCUCUCGAGGACCUGUCUGUUGGCAUUGCUGUGCUGGUGGGCAUCGUGCUCUUCUUCCUGGUGGAGAAAAUCGUGAGGCGCGUGGAGGAACUCACCUUUAAAGUGGGCAUCGUGCUCUUUUUUCUCGUGGAGAAGAUUGUGAGGCGCGUUGAAGAGCUCACCUCUAGAGGCGCCGUGUGCCUUUGUGCUUCUCCUUUGUUUUUACCCAUCUUGCAUCCCUUUCCUGGACCCCUUCCCCCCACUGCAGUGGGCAUCGUGCUCUUCUUCCUGGUGGAGAAGAUUGUCAGGCGCGUGGAGGAACUCACCUCUAGAGGCGCUGCUGUGCCGUUUGCUGGACAUGGGCAUAGUCACAGCCACCACCACCAUGGCAAGCAUGAGGGCCAGAAAGAGGAGAAUUCAGGCGAGGAUGAGUGUGAGAAAGUGAGUGAGGAGGAGAAGGGUGGAGGAGGGAGGAGGGACAGGAAAGCGGAGGGCGGAGGAGAAAGUGGUUUGGAUGAUGGGAGCACUGGUGAGAAUGGGAAGAGCGAGGAUGAGGGAGAAGUGAGUUCGAAGGACGGUUGGGAGAAUGUGGAUGAGGGAGAGGAGGAGGGCGAGGGAGGGGAGGAGAGUGAGAUGAAGGCAGAGAAAGGGGAGGAGGAGGCUGGGAAAGAGGUGAAGGAGGGGAAGGAGGAAGAGAAGAAGGAGAAGGAAAAAAACACAGAAGCUGUAGAAGCUAAGGAGGAGGAAGGGGAGGGAGAAGAGGAGAAGAAGACAAAGGGAAGCACAGGUGGUGGAAGUGAGGGGCUGAGGAGGCGGAGGGCCACUGCUGAUUCACAGACAGUGACAGCAGACGGGAACGGAGAGGAGGAGAAGGAAGGGAAGGAGGGGAAGGAGGGGAAGGAGAAGGUGGGUGAUGAGGCGACAGCACUUGAUAAUGACGAUAAGAAGGCCCGGGCAGUGGCUAAGGCUCACAACAUCACGGACGGCAUGUCGCUGGGCUCGGCCUUCAGGGCCCAUGCUUGCAUCAUGCCCACCUCCCCACAUGUCCCCUCCGCACAUGCCCCCCCCGCACAUGUCCCCUCCGCACAUGCCCCCCCCGCACAUCACAAUCUCACGGACGGCAUGUUGCUGGGAUCGGCGUUCCUCCAUUGGGGAGGGCUGGCUGGCUACUCACACAUGCUCUUCAUGCCUCCCUCUCCCUCCACUCGCCCCCUCUCUACUUGCCCCCUCACCUCCUCACAGCACAACUUCACGGAUGGCAUGUCGCUGGGAUCGGCGUUCCUCCAUCGGGGAGGAUUGGGGGGCUACUCACGCAUGCUCUUCAUGCUCGCGCAUGAGAUCCCUCAGGAGAUUGGCGACUUUGGCAUUCUGGUGCGGUCAGGCAUGGGGGUGACGCAGGCCUUGGCUCUCAACUUCCUCUCCGCCCUCACUGCUCUGCUCGGCACUGCCGCUGCGCUCGUAUUCGGAGGGCAGGAGGCCCACUCGGGUCUCAUAGAGGGAUUCACAGCAGGGGGGUUUAUCUACAUUGCAGUGGCAGGGGUUAUGCCUGACAUGCACUCCCAGGGGGUUGACAUCCUCUCUACAGUCAUUCAACUCGCCUCUCUAACAGCAGGAAUUGCUGUAGCUGUUGUGAUUUCACUCCUCGAGUAA